GUUCCCGGCGUCCAAUGGCAAGGCAGAGAGCAUUUUAGGACGUGCUUGAGCGUCCGCGGCAGGCGAGCGGAGGGAGGCUCUGCUGGAAACGCUGCUGGAGAGACUGCGGCCGGUGCUCGCACAAGGUGGCCUCCGAUGGGCGGACAGGCGAGCACUGGUGGCAGCGUCCAGAGCCUGCUGGGCACCACAAAUACAGACUGGAUGUCAGCACUGUGCCCCCUGCUCCGGGACGUGCCCCUCCACCACCUCUCCAUCCCAGGAAGCCACGACACCAUGACCUACUGCUUGAACAAGAAAUCGCCCAUCUCCCAGACCCAGUCCCGGCUGCUGCAGCUUCUGGGCAAGGUCCUGCCAUGUGUGACCCGUCCCGUGGUGCUCAGGUGGUCCAUUACCCAGGUGCUGGACGUCACGGAGCAGCUGGAUGCGGGGGUUCGGUACCUGGACCUGCGGAUCGCACACAUGCUUGUCGGCUCUGAGAAGAAUCUACACUUCGUGCACAUGGUGUACACCACCGCGCUGGUGGAGGACACGCUCACGGAGAUCUCAGAGUGGCUGGAGAACCACCCCCGGGAGGUUGUCAUCCUGGCGUGCAGGAACUUCGAGGGCAUGACGGAGGACCUGCAUGAGUACCUGGUUGCCUGCAUCCGGAACAUCUUUGGGGACAUGCUGUGUCCCCGAGGGGACUUGCCGACACUGAACCAGCUAUGGUCACGCGGGCAGCAGGUCAUUCUGUCCUACGAGGAGGAAAGCGUUGUGAGCCGGCAUGGGGAGCUGUGGCCUGGGAUCCCCUACUGGUGGGGGGACCAGGUGAAAGCCCAGGAGCUCAUCCAGUACCUGGAGCGCAUGAAGAGCUGCGGCCGCCCAGGCGGGCUGUUUGUGGCGGGUAUCAACCUGACGGAGAACCUGGCGUAUGUCCUCGGGCACCCGUCCCAGUCCCUCAGGAAGAUGACCCUCCCGAACCUGCCAUGCCUGAGCACGUGGGUCCGGGAGCAGUGCCCUGGGCCAGGCGCACAGUGCACCAACAUUAUCGCGGGCGACUUCAUCGGUGCAGACACGUUUGUGGGUGAUGUCAUAAGACUCAACGAGAAGCUGCUGAGAUGCUCACGUGUCCCUUUUGCAGCUCACGUGGAGUGCGGGCGGGAAGAGUGGGUCUGGGGCGGGGUCCCUGCCUCCCCCUGACACCAGGGCAGCCCCGUUGGUGGCACCCGGCCUCACAGUUCUUCCGUGUUGCUGGGGUGGAUCACAGAACACGCUGAUGAUCAACGGUGGUAUGUGCUUGCAUCCUGAGAGGAAGAACGCCCCGGAACCUGGGGUCUGCUCCUGUAGGUUCAGCCCCAGCUGUGCCGUGGUUGCCAUGGGUCGUCCCUUCCCCUGGGGCCUUGAGGGCAGCAGGAUGACAUCCUGAUGGCUUCCUGGAGCCAUGUGAAGCCCAUCAUAUCGUGUCUGUUGGGUAGGAGUGGGUGCACCACACUGAGAAAACCACGAAAAUGGGGAAAACCUUCUAAUUCUGACGGCAUCACGGCCCGUGUGUUUUCCCCGAGCACCGUGGGCCCUGUGGGGCUGGUUUCACUUUGGCUUCUCUGAUGGUAACAUAAGGACCCUUAGUGGCUGUUUGAUGGCGAAUGGUGUUGUACACAUGCUCCCUUCCACCUCCAGAGGCCUCGUGUAGCGCUCUCUUCAAGGAAGUGUGAGGACACAGGUGUGACGGGCAGCUCCACGCCCACGCCGGGGGCUGCCGUGGCAUCCUCGUCCUCACACCCAUCUCCUGGAGUGGCAAGUCUGUGCUCCUCCCAUCCCCUUCCUCUGCUCGGCACGUCAGCCCCGCUGGGAGGCUGCCUUCAAGCAUCUCCAAAAUGAAGCCGAUGGUCUGUGGUUUUGGCCGCCUGUCACUGGUCCCUUCUCCCAAGGCCACUCUGGGCAUUUCUCACUUUUCCCAUAUCGCCAUUCCACGGUUUCUUAGGGUCUGUCCGUCUGUAUCUAUUUGCCACCUAUUUCUCACAGCACCAAAGACGUUAACUGUAUUUUCUUCUUUUCUGUGUCCUCAUGCUCUGGCGUCUGGGGACCAGAACGGUGAGACCGCCCCUCUCAGGGCUCGCUGAUUCCCACAGACAGAAACAACGUACUUGGGAGCACGCGUCUUCUGUGGAAAUGCAGCGCCCCGUCCUCCAACGCUCACACGCCACACUGACGUGGGUGCGCUCCGGAGCUCACGGGCUGAACCGAUUCUCGCGCUCCUCGGACACAGGGCGCGUUUGGUUCCAGCAAGAUCGCAGUAAAGCGAGUCAAAUGAGUUUUUUGGUUUCCCGUGCACAUGAACGUUAUGUUUACACUACCGUCUAUUAAGCGUGCAAUUGUAUGACACCUAAAGUGUGUACGUGCCUUAAUUAAAACAUACGUUAUUGCUUAAAAAUGCUAACCAUCUGAGUUGUCGGAGUCAUAACGACUGGCCACAGAUAACCACAACAAAUGGACUCAUAAGGAAAAGCUGGAACCGCAAUUACCAGAAUGGGAUGCAGAGAUUGGAAGUGAGCAGAUACUGUGGGAAGAAUGGCGCCCGCAGCCUUGGCCAACCUUCCAUUUGUAAGACACAUGGUGUCUGGGAAGCGCCGAGAGGCGAGCUGCACCUGAUUUCCCGCUACCCCAGUCUCCCGGGGCGGGGGCCUGUCACCCAGAGCCCGCCACCACUACUCACGCUGGACAACUGCCCCGAGUGCUCUCUCCUGCCUUGCCUUUCCCGUGGAAACCCUCACGCCCCAAAAGGGGUUUUCCCCGUGGCCUCAGGGGGCACCCGCCCCUGUCUGGGGAGACGGGAAUCAUUAAAUUCUUCUUUCGGUGGUUGGCCUCAGCCACCUCCAUGAGUUAAAACCCCGGGGGUCCGGACGAGAUGCCCCCCCAUGGGCGGCCGGGCAUCGUGUUAGAGGCCUUAGCUCUGCUUCCCGGUACUCAGGGUUCCAACUUCAUGACCCCAAAGGUCAGAAGUCCCUCCUUUUGCACAUGAGGGUUAUGGAGCUGGUGGUUUCCAAUUCUUGGCCAAAAGGUGAAUCCCAAUUACACUGUCUUAUUUUUCUUCCCACCUUAACAGGGGAUCCAGGAGUUUCUGUGUAUCUCGUGUUCUGGAAUAUUCCUCCUACAAUGGAACAGUCCUUAGAUAUUAGGUCUUCUUAGGAUAUAGUCUUGAAAAUGAUGCUAUAACACAAGGACCACUGUGUCUGUGUCUGUUCCACGAGUACCUUGUCUUUGUGUCAGGAACGGUCCACGUGAUCGUUUAAUCCCAGAGGACGAUCGACAAAGUCGGACGUGUUUGUGCAUUUUUGUUUCUGUCAUUCAAGCGACCAAACCAUCUGGGCAACGCAUGGGAGGGUCUGUACAAGCGUGAUGUUCACCGAGCACGUUCUGCAGGUCACGGAGAGCUUUGUUCAGAAAUAGUGCUGGGCCACAGUUUAUUGUUGCUUUGGAAAUUAAAACAGUGGAUGAGGGCGCCUGGGUGGCUCAGUCGUUAAGCGUCUGCCUUCG